UUCGUACGAGUGACUUUGCGUGAUAAUAAACUGAUCGAAGCAUCAUGCCACCUAAAGCAAGCGGAAAGGCAGUGAAGAAAGCUGGGAAGGCCCAGAAAAAUAUCAGCAAGACCGACAAGAAGAAGAAACGGAAGAGGAAGGAAAGCUAUGCCAUCUACAUCUAUAAGGUGUUGAAACAAGUCCAUCCCGAUACUGGAGUCUCUAGCAAAGCUAUGAGCAUCAUGAACAGCUUCGUCAACGACAUUUUCGAGCGCAUCGCCGCCGAAGCUUCCCGAUUGGCUCAUUACAACAAACGUUCCACCAUCACGUCUCGCGAAGUACAAACAGCUGUGAGGCUGCUUCUACCAGGAGAACUGGCCAAGCACGCUGUCAGUGAAGGAACCAAAGCUGUCACCAAGUACACCAGUUCCAAGUAAAGCUACUUGGCUCAAUUACAAAUUUCCAUAAACCGGUCCUUUUCAGGACCAUAAAAAGUUCUUACGUUAGCUUCAACAGUCACGACAUAUUCUCUAGAUGAUUCUCAAGUAUAUUUACGAGAAUCUCUGCUGUACUUUUUUAUUCUACGUGGGUUGUUAACGAAUUUUCCCUCCUUAUAUGAAAUCUAUAACCUCUUAUGCUUUACUUCGUGAAAGAUGGUUCAAUUUUGAAGUAAUAUCAUACAGUUUCAUAAGUAUCGUUUUAUUUAUUUUCAACUUUAUAACAUUGUACGUUUUAAAGCGGCUACGGAAUUGGGAAUACCGAUACAUGAAGGAACGAAAGAUUAGAGUAGUUCAGAGUUCGAGAAAAGCCACAUUACAAUUAGAAAAAGAUUGCUUAAGGGUAAUUAAAGAAAAUAAACGUUUCCGCUAUUACACAAGUUCUCUUGCUAGAGUUAUGAAUACUAGGGAAAAUAUUUAAAUUGCAAGUUAUUAGCUCUAAAAUAUUCAUUCAUAUGGAAUCAACCAGGCCUCAGGAAUGUUAAGAGUAAAAACAAUAUUUACUGCAUAAUGAAAAUAUUAAGUAAGAUAUAUGUCGGCUAAAGUACAGUAAAAUAUAUGUUACUGGGCAUAUUUGGAUUGAAUUUAGAAACGUCUCAGAGUAUAAACGGAUGUGCAUGUUCCUCGAAAUAACGGAGUGUUGGUCCUGAAAAGGACCGUUUUUAUUUUAUA